UUACAGCUUUUGGGUGGCAACGUCGAAAUUGAAUUCUUUACCAGUCAGUGAGUGUUAGAACUGUCUCUGCCCUGCGUCCUCUCUGUACAGUUUUCUAUUCAGGUGUAGGCCUACGCUCUGCAUCUCCAUUACCAGGAAUGUCUCCGUCGACGUCCCCCAGGUUCUUCACUGAGAGGGAGGUGGCCCGACACUGCACUAAGGACUCCUGCUGGGUUCUCCAGGGGACCAGGGUGUACGACGUGACCGCUUUCUUGCGUAUGCACCCGGGUGGUGAGGCGCUUAUACUCAGCCGAUCAGGCAAGGACGUGAGCCAGGAGAUAGAAGGACCCCCACACCGCCACUCCGACAAUGCCCGACGGUGGAUGGAACAGUACUACAUUGGGGAGCUAGACAGAGACAACUACUCCGAAGAGGCAAAGACUCUGAGAGAAAGGAGGAAAGCCAGUGAACAUACAGCAGAAGAUACAUCGGACAAGAAUGUGAAAAACAAGGACGAUAAUGCCCCGUUCAACCAUUGCAGCUCCGUGGACCUUGACAAGGAUUUGGUGGACUGGAGGAAGCCCUUGGCAUGGCAGGUAGGCUACCUCGGAGAGAAAUACGAUGCGUGGGUUCACCAGCCAGUUGACAGACCAAUCCGAUUGUUUGGGAACCCUUUUCUGGAGGCAAGCACCAAGACAUCCUGGUACUGGGUACCAGUGGUGUGGCUUCCUAUUGUCUUUUAUUACAGUUGGCACUGCUACACCACCCUGGCAAAAGGAACCACCAGGAUAGUCCUCACUUCAGACUUCUCGAUCCUGAUCCAUGAGUACAUUUUCCCAAUACUGUUUUUACUGGGCUGGUUCUUGUGGUCGUUCAUUGAGUACUGCAUCCAUCGCUUUGUCUUUCACAUGAAACCCCCUGCCCACAACUACUAUCUCAUCACCAUACAUUUUCUUCUGCAUGGACAGCACCACAAGUCUCCAUUUGAUGGCUCCCGGCUGGUCUUCCCCCCAGGCCUGGCGUCUUUUGUAGUGGGAACUUUCUAUGCAAUCCUCCGCAACACUCUCCCAGAUAUCCUUGGGAUAUCUGUGUUUGUUGGAGGACUAUGUGGCUAUGUCAUAUAUGAUAUGAUCCAUUACUACCUUCACUAUGGCUCACCAAAGAGAGGCUCCUAUAUGUACAGUCUCAAGACCUACCACGUGAAACACCACUUCGAGCACCAACGAUCAGGUUUUGGAAUAUCCUCCACAUUCUGGGACCAUCCCUUCAACACAGUCAUCCCAGAUGAAAAAAUCUAAUACUGAAAUGGCUCAUCUUCAGGGCCACAGGAAUAAACAAGCUUCAUCAUAUCAACCAGUCCUGCUCCUAUAACCACCUUGAAAAUCUUUACUUUAUUCUCUGCAGAGGUAUCUUUAACACCGAAGUAGGAACUUCACAUUUAGACUGCUGAAUCACUGAUCUAUCCAAACUUAAUAUAUCACAAAACUACAACAUAUUUUUUGCAUGUACUUAGUUAGCUAGGUGUAAUUAUAGCCAUUCAUGGGAAUUAUAGCCACUUCUGCACAGUUGCAAGGGCUUUCUGUGCCAUUUUUCACAACUUAAUCCAUUACUACUGCUGUGCUCUUCUCUUUAGUGAGUGCACUUGCCAAAUCAUCACCUGAUAGGCACUAACAUGAUAACGUUAAUAGUAAAUAGAAAGGAAGAGAGUGUCACAAGCACAAAUAAGGGUAAGUCACAUUUAUGUGUUUGGAUUGUUAUGGUACACUUUAAUUAUAACCAAUUUCUCAGUGAUUGUCAAAUGCGUAUAUACAAAAUGUCACCAAGGCCCUUAACAAUAUUUUGAAACUCUUUUUUACUGGUCCAAACAUUCAACCACAGCUCAAGUAGACACACACACACUGUCCUAAAUACCCUCAGAAUGAGAGAAAGGAAGCAAGAAGGGAUGGAAGCUGGAAAGAGAACAUGAAGAAGAAAAUCAUUUGACUAGGUGACCAACAGUAUGUGACAGUGUGUCGAAAGACUGAGUGAAUGAGAGCCAGCACACUGCAAAAAAAACAACCUCAGGAAAAUGUCUUCAUAUUUUGUCAGCUCUGUCUGUUGCUUGAAUAUUAUUGUAAUUUUUCUGUCGGCCACUAAGCUACCCAGCCAUCCUACAUGACCAUAUUUGACGGCAGGCUUUAUGACAACAAAAAAAUAAUUUACCAUGGUAUGUCUCCUGUAGUUGGUAAGCAGCUGAGAACAGAAAAUAUUCACAUAUCUGAACAUGUUGAGAUGUCCUAAAAAAGUGAUGUUUUAACUUUAUAAUCAUCAAAAAAUAUGAAAAGGGGAAAUAUUACAUUUCUGCAGUAAUUUGGUGUACAAUUAAAGUAAAUUUUAUGAAACAAUUGUGAAAAAAUGUAAUUUCUGCUAGUCUGUUGUUAAACUUCCUUAAUUUUCAUAUUUUUUUAUGUUUAUGAUACACACUAAAUGAAGAAAACACUAUUGUAAGAUAUUCAAAGGAUUUCUAAUUUAAUCUAAUGAACAUUUUAGGUAAGAAUAGUUUCUUGUUAGCAAGACAAUAACAAUGUGGAUGUAUUUAAGUGUAAAAAUGUAUGUAGAUGUUAAAGUGUUAUCAUGUUAGAGGGAUACAGAUGAAGGCAUGAGGCCAGCCUGUCAGACAACUUGCUGUUGGAAUCCUAGGGCCAAGUAUGUGCUUCCUACAUUUUGUGGACUAAUCCUCUGAUAGAUGUAUCAAAAGCAUUUCUGUGGCCCUGAAGAUUCCCUAAGGAUGACGAUGGAAAAUGAUCUGACUGGACAGCAGGUUGUCUUGAUAUUGAUUGGCAGAUUCUCCAACUGUCUCUUCUUACAGAUAACACUGAAACUUCAUUAAAACAAUUUAAAAAUCUAGUAAGAGAACAGUAAGAUAGUAAUGUUUUAUCAACUUUUCUAGUGUUCGGGCAGGCGGCUACUUAUACAAUAUGUAUGUACAUUGAUUAAAUUAACAUGUAAAAUCUUUUUCAGAAUAUUCUUACAGUUUAUAAAGAAGAGUUAGAAAAUAAUACAGUAAGAAAAUGUAUUUUGCAUUGCUUAUUUUAUUUAAUGUAUUACCACAUGUAGAGGACUUUUUUUGACUAAAAAAAUUGGUUUGGUUUAAACAAAACAAGACCAACUGUGUCCUGUUUUCUUAAGCACAUCAGUUUACACAAACCCCUUCCCUAUCUUUGAUAUAUUGACUUUGCACCGCAUUGAAAGUGCUUCUGAAAGAACCAAAAACAUUUUAUGUAAGAAAUGUGCCAGUUAUGAAUAUAAUUAAGAGUUUGAUAAUGCAUACUGAUUGUGAGGAUUCUUGGCAAGGUGAAAAGAAAACACUUGUUGGAAAUAAGUACAUUUUUAUUUAUGAAUUUUGAAAAAAAAAAAAAGUAAAACGACAGCUUUAUGGCUUUGAAUCUGUCAGGUAAACUUUUCCUUGUGAUAAAUAAUGUUGCAUAAACUAAUACUUCCUAAUUGUGUUUACUAUAAUAUCUGUAAACUUGUAUUUUGGAAUUUUCAAUGUCUAUGCAAAUGAAAAAAUGUGUAAAUACAGUAAAAGUAUACAUAUUUCUGA